AAGACUACAAUAUUUGACCAGACCGAAUAACACGUACGGUGAUCUUGUUUUAUAUUAAAUUCCUGUUAAAAUAAUAUUUAUAUUGCGGUCACACUUAAGACAUAUAUCGUUGCGCAAUUAUGUCUUUGGCCAUCGAAUGUGGUGCAACAUCAUCCGAUGUGAUUCUUGUCACGGACGAUAGUAGCAUAAAGAAACAUCUUCGUUUGGGAGCAGCCAAUUACCAGUUGAUGGAUCAAGCAAAAUUAAAAGAUUUUUUUGAAGAAAUUCAUGAAAAUGUAGUUCCAUUUCCGAUUCACAGUAUUGGUGUAGGACUGCCAGGAAUCCUGGACACUACGGAUGUCACGUCAGUUGAAAAGGUGAUUAGGAAAUUGUGGCCGGAGGUAUCCAACGUGUGGGUUGGUAGUGAUUUAGAGACAGCUUUAGCUUGUGUGAAUGAUGAUGGAUCUGCGGUGAAAGCAAUUGUAAUAGCAGGAACUGGUUCUUGCUGUUACGGAACAAAUGGAAACGAAAAUAAAAAAAUCGGCGGAUAUGGACACCGAAUAGGUGACAGAGGCUCUGCGUAUGCAAUAUCCGAAAAUGCUUUGAGACUAGCCCUUCGUCAGCAUGAAUAUAACGCACCAUCGGUACAGACGAACAAUUCAGAGGAGAUAUUUUCAAAUUUACUUUCAUCUUUUAUGAAACGACUCGGAAUGCAUUCGUUGAAACAACUGGUGCAAUGGACCUUAUCAGCGAAGAAGAAUGAAAUUGCCGAUCUGGCUCCACUUGUUCUACAUUCCUGGAAACAAAAGGAUGAAUUAGCUCAGAGCGUCGUCGAAGAAAGUAUUGAUAGUUUGUCUGACGAUUUAAUCUGCCUAGCUGGGAAAUUGAAUUCACAACAGCAUAAACUCGAUAGCAUUUCAGUUGGACUGACAGGGAGCCUGUUUUCUAAAGAUACCGAUUUUGCAAAAGCAUUUCAGGAUGGACUGCACUCCAAAUUAACUGAUCAGCAGCGAACGAUUUCUGUUUCAGUAGAAAUUCUCCAAAAUACUGCUCUCGGAUCGUUGAGAAUGUUGGAUUUGUUGAAAUGGAAAGUCCUACCACUUUUUGACCCAAAUUCCGAUUCAUCACAAACGGUGUACGAUUCUAAAAACUCUAAUUUGCUGACAGAAAUUCGAUGUAAGAACGAGAAACAGUUGGCUGAGACUAUUUUGCCGAUUGCUCUAGGUCUUUCACUCACCGAAAAAAGAAACGAAAAGUCAAUGAAUUUGGAUAAAAUGGGUGUAGAAGAAGCCAUCGAUCUGAUGGUUUCUGAAGAUCGGAGCAUUUUUGUUAAAAUAUCAGAGAGUAAAACGUGCAUUGGGAUUUUGGUCGAUGAAGUUUGUAGGGCGUUUCAAAACGGGGGAAGAUUAUUUUAUGUCGGCGCAGGAACUAGCGGCCGAUUAGGAAUAUUGGAUGCAAGUGAAUGUCCGCCAACAUUCCGAUCGCCACAUGAAUGGGUACAGGGUAUCAUUGCUGGUGGAUUUUUAUCAAUCGGUCAGGCGAAAGAAGGAGCCGAAGAUUCAAUACUCGACGGAAUUAAAGCUAUUGAUGAUAGAAAUGUCAGUGACAAAGACGUAGUCGUUGGUAUUGCUGCUUGCGGAACAACACCAUUUGUAUGGGGGUCGAUUCACCGUGCGAAAUCACUCAAUGCCUUCACAGCGUUCCUUACAUUCAACACUGAGCUUCAGCUCAAAAUUCAACCGGAUCUAUUUAUUAGCAUGGAUCUCGGACCGGAGGUGCUUACGGGAAGUACUCGCCUGAAGUGUGGCACUGCUACUAAAUGCAUCUUAAAUAUGGUCUCAACUCUAGCAAUGGUUAAAUACGGCAAGUGCUUCGAAAAUCUAAUGGUGGACCUGAAUGCGGCUAAUGAAAAAUUGAAAAAACGAUCUUUGCGCAUCGUUCUUUUGUUGACAAGUCAUCUAAGUAAUGUCGAUGAGAAAACGGCUCUGGAAGUGUUAUUGAAGAAUAAAUACGAUAUCCGAGGCACGGUCAGUGAAUUGAGGACGAAAUUGAGCUGAAAACCUGUGUUGAUCUUCUUUAAAUCUACAUUUGAUGUACAUGUUGUGAAAAAUAAAUUAGGACUUGGAG